UAGCGGUCGUUGCCCGAGAUUUUCCUCCACCGCUUCACUUCACUCGCUCUCACCACCAUUCACAGGAGACUGUCCCAGCCUACCAGCAGUGUAACGUGGUUAGCACCAUGGCAGAGCAGGAACCUACACCAGAGCAGCUGGCAGCGCUGGCAGCAGCCAACGAAGAGACCGACAGCGCAGUCAACUACAAACCUCCCGCCCAGAAGAGCUUACAGGAGAUCCAGGAGCUGGACAAAGAUGAUGAGAGCCUGCGCAAGUACAAGGAGGCACUCCUGGGUAGCACUGCUGUGGUUGCAGAUCCCACCGCCCCCAAUGUCCAGGUGACACGAAUGACUCUGGUAUGCGAGGCGGCACCACAGCCUCUGGUCCUUGAUUUACAAGGAGACCUGGAAGGCUUCAGGAAGAACCCAUUUGUGCUGAAGGAGGGAGUUGAAUACAGAAUAAAGAUCAACUUUAAGGUCAACAAGGAGAUUGUGUCCGGCCUGAAGUACAUUCAACAAUCAUUCAGGAAAGGAGUUAAAGUUGACAAGUCAGAUUACAUGGUCGGCAGCUAUGGGCCCAGACCAAAUGAGGAAUACGAAUUCCUCACCACCCUGGAGGAGUCACCCAGAGGGAUGCUCGCCCGCGGCACCUACAACAUCAAGUCCAAGUUCACUGAUGACGACAAACACGAUCAUCUCUCCUGGGAGUGGAGCCUCACUAUCAAGAAAGAAUGGAAAGACUGAUUCCCCCUCGCCAUCUUCCCAUCAAUGUCUUCCUCUGCUUUGCCCCUCUUUCUUUCUCUUGCUGUCAUUCCACUUUUUCUGUCUGGAUUCAUCUCUGGAUUAUGUGUCGAUUUAAACUUUGCUCUCUCCGUCCAUUGACGUCCCCUCCUCCUGCUCUUAGUUUCAUUUCCCUUUUCUAAAUUCCAGUCACUUGAUCAUUCCUCCCAUAGUAAUGUUUCAUUUGUUUGCACCCAACCUUUUCUGCUAAGUAUUAAAUCUUUAAAAAUGGAGAAAGCAAACAAUGUGCACAAUCCAGAUUUUGCAGUUAUGGUUUGUUUAUAAAAGGAAAAAAAGAAAAAAGGAAAAAAAAUAUUAUUUGUUAACUGCUGUUGGAAAAUGAACUAUGUGAAUCCCUUUGUCGCUUGUUGCUUUCUUUUCUUCUCCCUUUUCUUUUUCUCUGUUUUUCAGAUUGUUUUGUACGAUUACCAUGAUCUGCCUUGGAAAGCAUAGUACAGGAAGCAGUAGUGCUAUAAUGUAUGUGGCCACUGUACGGUCAUUGAGCAAUCAUUGCUGGACACAACUCUCGGACACAGUCCUCCUAAAGCCUUUGAGCAGAUUAUUUGUACCAGAGACUUGGUAAAUUAUUUGGAAUUUAGGCCAUGCCUUUUUCAAAUGGUUUAGCACCCUGCAAAAUCUGCUGAGAGAACGGGAGAAACAAAAUUACCUCUAACCCCUUGUGACCCCUUGCUUUAGGUGUGGCUGUUCCUCUGAUCAGGGUAUUUUGGCAGUUAUUUUAGCAGCCAUGUGGCCUUAAGAACCCAUAGGAAAACAUUAAAAACCUAGUUGAGCCAUUUGCCUUCAGAUGAUAUUUGCCAGACCAUCAUGUGAGCCUGUUUUUAACAAUACUUGUAAUAUAUGGGCAGGGAAUCAGGACUAAGGACUUUUUAACGCCUUUACUUCAGGUUUGAAGAUUUGUAAAAGCCAUUACAUAUAGAUGUCAAUCAUGUAAGCUCUAUUUACAAACUUUCAUCAUUUACAAACCGUCUUCAUUUCAGUACUUGUCGUUUUCAGUAAUCAGUCAAAUUAACUUUUUUAGGUCAUUUACAACAACUCUAAAUCAGAGCCCGGGUCGUAUUAAUGGAUUUGUAUUGCCCAGUCUCCUCUCUAGUACCCGAGGCCAUAUUGCCAGUUUGUAUGAGGUGUUACCUUAGUUCCUUCCUGAAUCGAUCACAGGGACUGUUAAACCGCUCACCUUGUAUUUCUCUAGUUCAGCAUUACCAAUGUCCGCUGUGCCUCCAGUCUCUUACGACCACAUGCUGCUCCUGCUGACCUGGCAGCACUCUGUGCUCAACAUCAGUGAGGUGAAACGUUGUCUGUAAUUGACUUCUGAACCUAUAUAGAGACAUCAGUCCUCAGACACCAAUGUUAACACUCCGUGCUUUAUAAAAGUGUUUCCAUUUUUAUACGCACCAUAAGUAAGUGAAUGGUGUCCAAGCUUCAUUCAGCUCUCAUGUAUCAUGGACUGAUGUUUUUCUCUGUGGGUUGGAUUUGACUCUGUGUGCUACUUGUAUUACCUACAGUUUACUGAUAUCCUGUGUUCACAUUAAAGUGUUCAGACUGGG